AGGGUAUUUUUUUAAAAUAGAGAAGUUUUGAAAUACUCAACUUUUGAAACUGUACGCUUAGAAUAAGCUGAUGGCUUUUGUUCCAAGAAAAAGCAGUUUGGGAGGGAUGAACUGAUCGGUGCGUGCUGAUGCACCUGAGUACUGUGUUGAGAAUGUUUUAUUGGAAACUGUGGCAGUAGAUCGGGCCCAACUGUUUUAUUUUUGUUUUAUUUUUUAAAUUCAGUGACCUUUGCUUGUUGCAAGCACCCUCUGGGAGAUUACUCUUUAGCCUCCAGUCUUCUUGUUCUUGGAGAACAAUUGUUCUUGGCUUUUAAAUUUUAGUGUCAUGGGGUUUCUAAGUUUUAUAAGAAGGUAUAGUUACCCCUUCAAGGACAAAACUCAAAAUAGAGCAUACGCACUUCAGCAUAUGCAAAGCAGAGGCUUCUCAAGGGACGGAGUUCUUAAUGGCAAUGAUGUGGUGCAUCCAGUUCUGAUCAUUGGCCCAGGACCUGUGGGUCUUGUUCUCACUAUUCUUCUCACAAAAUUAGGUUGACUCUAAAAGGCAUUAAUUGCACAGUUUUGGAGAGAAACAAGGCAUUUUCAAAAUAUCCACAAGCACACUUCAUCAACAAUCGAUCCAUGGAGAUAUUCCACAAAAUUGAUGGCCUUGUUGAAGAGAUCCAAAGGUCUCAACCACCAGUAGAUUUAUGGAGGAAAUUUAUAUAUUGUACUUCCCUCUCUGGUUCAAUUCUUGGAUCUGUAGAUCACAUACAACCUCAAGGUGCUAUUCCGUAGUUCAUGAGAGCCAAUUUCCAGUCUGAUAGCAGUAGGAAGAUUUCUAUUUCAAGUGUAGUUUUGACAAUAUUUAUACAUAGCCUUCAAAAUAUGCAGUAUAUCAUCACAUAGACUGCAUGAUAUUGUCGAUUUUGGCCAAUAUUGAGUUUUAGAAUAUUCAUAUAUCUGGUACUUGUUAUCAGAUCUCGAGCAUGUUGUCAGCCCAGUCUCUGUUGCACACUUCUCACAGUACAAGCUAACUAUGUUACUACUCAAGAGACUUGAAAAUCUAGGCUUCCAAAUAUGUGCGCCUGAAAGCUUGGAAGGAAAUGAACAGUCUUGUGACAAAAAAAUAAUGAUGGGCCAUGAGUGUGUUUCCAUUGAGGCCAGCAGUGAAUUUGUAACAGUAACUGCAUCUUCUAUCAUUAAAGGGAAGCGUGUAGAACAGAACAUUCACUGUAACAUCCUUAUUGGUACAGAUGGUGCAGGAAGUAUUGUAAGAAAGCUUGUAGGAAUAGAAAUGAGAGGUGAGAAGGACUUGCAAAAACUUGUCAGUGUCCAUUUCUUUAGCAAAGACCUUGGACAGUUUUUGCUUAAGGAGAAUCCUGGUAUGCUUUUUUUUAUCUUCAAUACUGAAGCUAUUGAGGUCCUUGUUGCUCAUGAUCUCAGGCAAGGGGAAUUUGUAUUGCAGAUACCCUUUUAUCCACCUCAGCAAACAAUUGAGGAUUUCAGUCCAAAGGCAUGUGAGAAAUUAAUCAGCAAACUUGUUGGUCAAGAGUUUGGAGAUGCAGAUGUAAUUGAUAUAAAGCCAUGGGUUAUGCAUGCUGAAGUUGCUGAGAACUUUAUAUGUAGUGGUAACCGAAUAUUACUUGCUGGUGAUGCUGCUCAUCAAUUUCCUCCUGCUGGUGGAUUUGGAAUGAAUACUGGCAUUCAGGAUGCCCAUAAUCUUGCCUGGAAAAUUGCUUCUGUGAUUAAGGGUAUUGCCCCAACUUCAGUGCUAAAUACCUACGAAAUCAAACGUAAACCGAUUGCUUUAUUCAAUGCACGAUUAAGUCUAGAAAACUAUAAAGCUGCCAUGUUUGUUCCUGCUGCACUUGGUCUUGAUCCAACUGUUGCAAACACAGUACAUCAAUUUUUUGUUAAUGGGAUUGGUUCCAUCUUACCAUCCGGAUUGCAGAAGGUAGCUUUGGAUGGAAUUUUUGGUAUAGGUCGUGCACAGGUUUCAGAAUUUGUCCUAAAUGAAAGUAACCCUCUUGGAUCCUCAAGGUUGGCUAAGCUAAGACAUAUAUUUGAAGAAGGAAAAAGCCUUCAACUUCAGUUCCCUGCUGAGGAUCUUGGUUUUAGAUAGAUACUAUGAUGCAUGAGCACUUUGGGGGUGCCUAUCUAACUCGGCUAUUGAACUUGGGUACCUACAAGGAGCACUUAUGCCAGAGAGUAAAGAUGUUGAAAGUCCUCCAGAAGUACUAACAGGGCAUCGGAGGGACUAUACCCCUUCAGCACAACCAGGAUCAAGACUGCCUCAUAUGUUUGUGAGAGUAAACCCAUUAAGUGAG